AUGGAGCGUCCAAUGGGACAAAAAGCAGCAAAAAGGAAGGGUAAGGCAUCCGAAAUUCCAAAUGCAACGCAAGAUGCAAAGAAUAAAAGAGCAAUAACAAUGGACAGACUUGCGCAAGCUAAGGAGGACGAGCUAGAAUUAAGGGUAGUGCAAAUGAUGAUGAAAGACACUUCUACUAUGAACGAUAGUCAACAAGAUAUUCAUGAAAAAUAUUAUAAUUACGAUCAAGAAUUUUGGGAGUUGGUUGAAGAAGAAUUUAUGGACGACAGUGAUGAAGAAGAACAACUUCAGAAUGAACGUCGAUCUGGAAGUUCCUCUAGGCCAAAGAGAAGAACAACGGUAGAUCGAGGUCGUGAAGAAGGGCACAAUCGAUUAUUCAAUGACUACUUCUCAGAAAACCUAGUAUACACAGAUGUUCAAUUCCGAAGAAGGUUCAGAAUGCAUAGGCAUGUAUUUCUUCGAAUUGUAGAUGCCCUUGGAAAUCAUGAUGAAUAUUUCCAAAUGAGGGUCGAUGCAACUGGUAAAAUGGGUCUUUCACCAUUGCAGAAAUGUACAUCUGCUAUUCGUAUGCUGGCGUAUGGGUCUCCUGCUGACCUUGUAGACGAAUAUGUUCGAAUCGGUGAAAGCACUUCAAUUGAGUGCUUAGAAAGAUUUGUUAAGGGUGUCGAUGUUGUAUUUGGCGCUGAGUAUUUGAGAAAGCCUAACAACAAUGAUGUUGAACAUCUUUUACAAAUGGGAGAGUCACGUGGCUUUCCAGGUUCAAACAAUGACAUUAAUGUGCUAAACCAAUCCAACGUGUUUAACGAUAUUUUGGAAGGACGUGCUCCCAAUGUGCAAUAUACAAUCAAUGGGACACCAUAUAAUAUGGGGAAAUGUGUUACAGACGUUGUGAUAUCUAUUAUUACUUAUGUUGAUGAAACUAAUCUUAGUAUUAAUGAAAAGAUGAUCAAUGUUACUUCUCUUUCUGAGCCUAUGAGAAGCCACAUUCUCAAGAUUUUGAUUCAAGAGAAAAAGGUCUUGCAAGAGAUCAUCAUUACAUUCUCUACUAAAAAGGUUAUGGGAAGGGAUAGAUCUUGA